AUGAUCGAAGAAGAGACAAAGGUCUUGUCGCAAAAACAUAAGCCGACAAGGAACUCUUCGAAAGACGUGGAUCCAAAAUCAAAGAAGAAAACUUCUCGUAAAGACAAGUACGUCCAUCACGAGGGGGAAGAACUCCAGGGCGCGCACAAUUACGCGAUCAAUCCAGAUCAGGGCAUGACUUCGGGAAAUACGUGGAACCGUAACCAGAGUUACGACAAAAACGUAUACUGCAAGUUCCAUCAGACCGAAGGUCACUCCACGGCUAACUGCAAAGUCGUAGGGGCGAGGCUGGCCGCGAAGCUUCUUGCUGGAGAACUCUCCGGAGUAACCAGCGUCAAGGAUCUAAUCCUCGACUCCGACCGUCCGCCAAAAACCAACAAGAAUCCUCCCGCGGAGAAAUCGUCACCGAAAAAUCAGGCGGGGGAUAAGCGCGAGAGAAGACCAGAUGAUAGGGGAAACGAUAAUUCCCGAAGGAGGGUCAACAUGAUCAUGGGAAGAUCCCAGUACUGCAGGGACUCGGUUUCGGCCAUCAAGGCCUACCAACGGAAAGCCGAGUCGACUGCGAAGUACCCUCUGCAGUCACCUCCUCAAGACGGACAGAACACCUCGAUAACGUUCACCGAAGAAGAGGAGUACGAAAUCGACCAACCUCACUGCGACCCCUUGGUCAUUGAUCUCGUAAUAAGAGAUCUCGAAGUCGCAAGAAUACUUAUCGAUACCAGAAGCACGGUAAACCUAAUAUUCCGCGAUACCCUAAGAAGGAUGGGCAUCGAGCUCGGAGAAGUUACCCCGGUACCGAAACCGCUCACGGGUUUCUCCGGACAAACGUCCAUGACCCUGGGAUCGAUUAAGCUACCCGUGAUGGAAAAAAACGUUACCAGGAUAGUUGACUUCGCGGUGGUAGAUAGCCCGGCUAUUUACAACGCAAUCAUGGGAACUCCAUGGCUAAACGCUAUGAAGGCCGUUCCCUCAACUUAUCACUUGGGCGUUAAAUUUCCAACCAGGACUGGAAUUGCCGCAAUCUGGGGCUGUCAAAAACAGUCGCGACUUUAUUUCCUAGCGGAGCAUAAGUUGAGACAAGUCACGACGACCUCUACGGCUAAACGCAAGCGAACUCAGCCUUCCACCGAAGACAAAGAGACAUCUCCCGCGGAAGCAGAUACGAAGAUCAGAACCAUCCCCAACUCCGAAGACAACGUCACAACUCAGCGGGAAGAGGAAAAUCCCGAG